UCGGCUAUGGGAUGAGGGCAGAGACAAACCGACUUACCAGUCAAACACUACAAAACCUAACGUUCCUCUCACUUCAAGUUAAGGCCGGGGUUUCAUUUCAACGACAAACCUCUUUUUCUUCUUCUCUCUGGCGAUCUCGCGAAAUCUCUGUAAAUAAUUGAUCGGAUGGCGGGGACAGGCAACAAGAACAUUCAAGCCAAGCUGGUGGGUGUUACUUGGAGACAUGGGAACGGGGAAAACAAGUUUGGUUUUGAGAUUUGUGAAAGGCCAGUUCUAUGACAAUCAGGAACCAACCAUUGGAGCUGCCUUCUUCACCCAGGUUUUGUCACUAAAUGAAGCUACUAUAAAAUUUGAUAUAUGGGAUACAGCAGGACAAGAACGGUACCACAGCUUAGCUCCAAUGUACUACCGUGGUGCAGCUGCAGCUGUUGUGGUGUAUGACAUCACAAGCAUGGAUUCAUUUGAACGAGCCAAGAAGUGGGUUCGAGAACUGCAAAGACAAGGAAACCCAAACAUGGUAACAUUUUUGGUGGCGAACAAGGCCGACUUGGAAUCAAGUAGACAGGUGGACAAUGAGGCAGGAGAGCUGUAUGCAAAAGAAAAUAGAUUGCUUUUCCUUGAAACUUCUGCAAGAACUGCACAAAAUGUCAAUGAGCUUUUUUAUGAUAUAGCAAAGAGAUUGGCACAAGCUGCCCCAUCAAGGCAGGGUGGAAUGAAGCUGCAUAGCCGAUCACAAGAAGGGAGAAGAAGACUGUUCUGUUGCUCCAGCUGAUUCCAGAACUCGGCGAACUACUUGUGCUAUUUGUCGCCUAGCCAGUGUAAACUAAAAUCAGACCUCACUCUUACUAAAAGCAUUGUGUAAAAUAGCUCAGGUUUUUUAUGCUCACCCUUUGGUAUUCUGCUAUUUCUGCCUACAAUUUAGUAGUUCUUCAAGAAUUGAAAUUUGCAAGUUCUUUAUGUUCAUAUGGCUGAUUGAAGAAGACAAGAAACAACUCUGGUAGAAAUUAUGGGUCUUAUGAAUCCUCUUCUUUUUUCUUUUUCUUUUUUUCCCCCCUGGGUGUAGCAAGGAAUUGAACUGUUAUAAAUCUUUGAGUAUAGAGCUUUUUUAGGUGAGUUCUUAUAA